UCCGCGAAUCAAUAAUCACCCAGCCAAAGCAACCCAUAUAAAAGUAUAUUAUUCAUUUCCUUCCCUCACAACACACACAUUUUCAGGACUCUGUAUUAGAAGAACACCUCUAGUCUCUCAAGUCCCUCACACCAACAUACAACUAUGGCCCCAAUUGCAGUUGGAGAUGUGAUUCCAGACGGUGCUCUCUCCUACUUGGACGACCAGAACCACCCACAACAGCUCUCCCUCCACUCUCUCGCCGCCGGCAAAAAGGUCAUCCUCUUCGGCGUUCCCGGAGCCUUCACUCCCGGUUGCAGCAUGAAACAUGUACCAGGCUUCAUUGAGAAAGCAGAGGAGUUGAAAUCAAAGGGUGCUGAUGAAAUUUUAUGUAUGAGUGUUAAUGAUCCCUACGUUAUGAAGGCAUGGGAAAAAACUUACCCAGAAAACAAGCACGUCAAGUUCCUAGGCGAUGGCUCAGCAAAGUACACCCAAACUCUUGGCCUUGGGCUCGAUGUUUCGCAGGGAGGGUUAGGCAUUCGAUGCUGGAGGUUCGCUCUCUUGCUCGAUGACCUCAAAGUGAAGGUUCAGUCACAACCCUGGGGAAGACCCGAUUCCCACGUUCUCCGAUUCUCCACCGCCACCGCAGCCUCCGUCGCCGUCUUCUCUUUCUCCGGCAUACCCAGCAACGGUUCAGUCACAACCCCCUCGUGGUCCGAACUUUAUUCGGAAUUAGAUCGAAUCCAUUUCUGGGUUGCGAUGUACAGUGGGAUUGAAAUUAGAGAACUUGGGUCAGCAAACGUGGAUCAGCAAACGUGGGUCAGCAAACGUGGAUUAGCCAACCAGCACUGCAGUGUUCAUCCAUGUUCAAAACAUGAGACCGAAAUUACCAAACGUGGAUCAGGUAUCCCACAAAAUCUGCAUUCAAUCCCAAAAUAAACCUAUAUAGAAAAA